CAGCGGUGCUGACAUGGGGCUUAAGCUGUCUUGCCUGAAAGGCUUUAAGACGUGCGUCAGCGCCAGCAGCAGCCACGACGAGGCGCCAGUCCUGAGCGACAAGCACCUGGAUGUGCCUGACAUCAUUGUCACACCCCCCACACCCACAGGCCUGAUGCUGCCCAGGGACACCCGGCGCACAGACUGGCUAGACGAGACGGGGUCUUGCCCAGAGGAUGCAGAGCUGGACCCUGAGGCAUGAGGAGGAAUCCUGCAGGGACCUCAGUCGGCAUCCAGGCCUCGGCUGCCUAGGCAGAUGUGCUCACAGCUGCAUGAGGACCCAGACGCUGGCCCUGACCAGUGGGUGGCAGGGUGAGUGCAGGACGCUGGCCAAAAGCACUGCUGGGAGGACAGGUGGCGCCGCUGGAAGCCCUGUGCUACUGCUGGGCCUGCACGGCCACGGUGGUGACGCUGCUGGGAACAAGGGGCAGGGCCGCUUCCAGACAAACACCAGCCCCAGAUCUCUGCCCCCGGGUCACCAACAAGGGCUUCUUGGGAAAGGAGCUGCUCCAUUUUUUACCAGUUGUUUUACAGAUCCUGACCCAGGCCCAAGGGUGAU